AAGGAAUAAUCCAGUUCUAGUAUCUGGAAGCAUGUGCUUUAAAUGUAAUGUGGCAGUGUAGUGAGGUUAUCUAUAUCAUUAGCUUUCGUUCCUGUUGUACUAUAUGGGCUGCUAAUGGACCCACCCGCUAGCUCGCACUCUGUGGUGCUAUGAGUUUAAUGGUCAAGGCGACUCACACCACUCGCGCAGAUAAGAACAUCCCACGUACUCGCGCGACAUCAACAACAAUGGCAAACCGUAGUCUGUUUUGAUAGGAGAUUUCGGAUUGGAGCUACAUGAUCUGAAACUCUAUUAAUCCUGUUUUGUUUUUUCUUGAAUUGGUGGAUUUUAUUUUUAAUACCCGCGUGUCCGUCCGUGCUUUUAUUUUUUCGCUUUACAUUUUUUCCGACAAUGUGCGAGACGCUGUUGGCAAGCUCACACAGUCUGUGCAUGUGUGUCCCUGCUGCUGCUUUUCUGCUGGGCUACAGCUACUAACCUAGCUGCUUUUCAGUCGGUGGUUAGCUAACUUUAGCCUGGCCGCGUUUAUUGACUGGAGGGGGGGGAAAGACAAACGAAUGUAAAGCGUAUUUGUAUAGUCUGUUUUAUGACAACAGUCCCCAAUUAUUUGCUGAUCGUCACUGUCGGUACCGUAAGCGGUGUUGUAUGAUUUGUCGUAGAAAAUACUUUGCUGGCUAGCUAAUAGGCUAGCUAUUUGUGUGUAUUCUUCGACGGAGGAAAACGGCGAGUUUCCUUUGAAAGUAUGGAUGACCAGACCAGGAUGAUGACGGGUCUCACCGGACUAGGUGGACUAGCACAAGCCGAUGUUGGUGACCCAGACUCGGUCAGAAAACAACAGUCCCUCGGUCAGCCUCAACAAGACAUAGGGGAUAUCCUACAGCAAAUAAUGGCCAUCACUGACGAAAGCCUGGACGAAGCACAGGCCAGAUACUGGCCAGAGGAAUCGCCGGCGCAUUGGGGUGGAUCAGACGACCCCACAGAGGGAGGGAGAGCAGGGGGGGGCAUGGCAGGGGGUGGCCUGCCACUCAACUUCCAGCACAGGAAGCAUGCCCUGAACUGUCACAGAAUGAAGCCAGCCCUCUUCAGUGUUCUCUGUGAGAUCAAAGAGAAGACGGUUCUGAGUAUACGAGGUGUGCAGGAGGAGGACCCCCCAGAUCCUCAGAUCAUGCGGCUGGACAAUAUGUUGCUAGCGGAGGGUGUGUCAGGACCAGAAAAGGGCGGCGGAUCGGCUGCAGCGGCUGCAGCUGCAGCGGCAGCCGGAGGCUCCCCCACCGACAGCAGCAUCGAACACUCUGACUACAGAGCCAAGCUUGCCCAGAUCCGCCAGAUAUAUCAUUCCGAGCUGGAGAAGUAUGAGCAGGCCUGUAGUGAGUUCACCAACCAUGUAAUGAACCUGCUGAGAGAGCAGUCUCGCACACGGCCCAUCUCUCCCAAGGAGAUUGAGCGCAUGGUGGCCAUAAUCCACCGCAAGUUCAGCUCCAUUCAGAUGCAGCUCAAACAGAGCACCUGUGAGGCUGUGAUGAUUUUGCGCUCACGCUUCCUUGAUGCCAGACGUAAGAGGCGUAACUUUAACAAGCAAGCUACGGAGGUGCUGAACGAGUAUUUCUACUCCCACCUUUCUAAUCCUUAUCCAAGUGAGGAAGCCAAGGAGGAACUUGCCAAGAAGUGUGGGAUCACUGUGUCUCAGGUCUCUAAUUGGUUUGGCAACAAGAGAAUACGCUACAAGAAGAAUAUUGGUAAGUUUCAGGAGGAAGCGAACCUCUACGCAGUUAAAACAGCGGUGGAUGCGGCCAAUGUGUCGGCGCAGGCCAGCCAGGCUAAUUCUCCGGCAACGCCCAACUCAGGUGGAUACCCUGCACCCUGCUACACACCUGACGGGCGGCUAUGAGGAGUUGUCAGGUAGUGGCCUCUACACCCCUCAUCGCCUGGAUGCUAACAGCUGGCAGGACACCACCAACCUCCCCUCGGUUACCUCCCCUCCCGGUCCUCCUGGCAGUGUCCACUCCGACACCUCCAACUG